AUGAGCGACGUGGUGGAGCGGACGCUGAGCGCGCUGCCCGGCCUGCUGGGGCAACAGGACCCGGGGGCCGGGCCCGGAGGAGGUCCGGGUCGGGUCUCGGCCACCUCGCGGCUGGGCGGCUUGAUCCGGAGCAUCACCGCGCUCUCCUCCAAACAUGAGGAAGAAAAAUUAAUACAACAGGAACAAACUAAUUUGAAGGCAACAGUUUCUGCUCCCACUACAACACUUAGACUGAUGAAAGAAUGUAUGGUGAGACUAAUCUAUUGUGAAAUGCUGGGAUAUGAGUCCUCCUUCGGAUACAUCCAUGCUAUUAAGCUAGCACAACAGGGAAACCUUUUAGAAAAAAGAGUUGGUUACUUGGCUGUUUCUUUAUUCCUCCAUGAAAAUCACGAACUGUUGCUUCUGCUUGUGAACACAGUUGUGAAGGACUUGCAGAGCACUAACCUGGUUGAGGUGUGUAUGGCACUUACUGUUGUCAGCCAGAUCUUUCCACGGGAAAUGAUUCCAGCUGUACUUCCCCUCAUAGAAGACAAACUUCAGCAUUCUAAGGAAAUUAUCAGAAGAAAAGCAGUUCAGGCCUUGUAUAAAUUCUAUCUCAUUGCUCCCAACCAAGUCCAGCACAUCCAUGACAAGUUCCGGAAAGCCCUGUGUGACAGGGAUGUUGGAGUCAUGGCUGCUUCUUUACACAUUUACCUUCAAAUGAUUAAGAAAAAUGCAUCUGGAUACAAGGACUUGACAGAGAGCUUUGUAUCCAUUCUAAAGCAGGUAGUGGGAGGAAAGCUUCCUAUAGACUUCAAUUACCACAGCGUGCCAGCACCAUGGCUACAAAUUCAGCUCUUAAGAAUACUGGGGCUGUUAGGAAAAGAUGAUCCAAGGACAAGUGAAUUAAUGUAUGAUGUUCUGGAUGAGUCUUUAAGAAGAGCAGAAAUAAAUCAUAAUAUUACAUAUGCUAUCUUAUUUGAAUGUGUACAAACAAUUUAUACCAUUUGCCCCAAAUCUGACCUGCUUGAGAAGGCUGCCAAAUGCAUUGGAAAAUUUGUUCUAUCUCCUAAAAUUAAUUUGAAGUAUUUAGGACUCAAAGCUCUGACCUAUGUUAUCCAGCAGGAUCCUAAUCUGGCACUUCAGCACCAAAUGACAAUAAUUGAGUGUCUUGACCAUCCUGAUCCUAUCAUCAAAAGGGAAACAUUGGAGCUUCUCUAUAGAAUUACCAAUGGGCAGAAUGUAACUGUCAUAGUUCAAAAGAUGCUGGACUACUUAAGACAAAGCAAGGAAGAAUAUACCAUCAUCAACUUAACUGGCAAAAUAGCAGAAUUAGUUGAGAAAUAUGCCCCUGACAAUGAGUGGUUCAUCCAGACUAUGAAUGCAGUAUUUUCAGUAGGAGGAGAUGUAAUGCACCCUGACAUCCCAAACAACUUCUUGAGGCUGCUGGCUGAAGGAUUUGAUGAUGAAAAGGAAGAUGAGGAGCUACGGCUUUAUGCUGUCCAGUCUUAUCUUUCUUUGCUGGAGGAGGAGGAUACUUUUUAUCCACAGAAAUUUCUUCAAGUUAUGAGUUGGGUUUUGGGGGAGUAUUCCUACCUUAUAAAUGAUGGUGAUCCAGAAGUCAUUAUAACAAGACUGCACAGGUUGCUGAAGCAGACUUUUGUUACUUCUGAAACUAAAGCCUGGAUUAUGACUGCAAUCACUAAAAUGUCAUCCCGUAUGUCCUGUUCUAAAACAGUUGAUAAACUAAUCCAGGAAUUCAGCACUUCUCUAGACACAUGCAUGAGGCAAUAUGCCUUUGAAUUAAAACAUCUAUGUGAAAACAAGGAGCUGAUGAAAAACUUGUUUCCACUUGAUGCCAGUUGUGAUGAGAUAAUGGUAGAUGCUUCCUUAUCUUUCCUAGAUGGGUUUGUGGCUGAAGGACUUAGCUGUGGUGCAGCACCAUAUAAACCUCAUCACCAGAGACAGGAGGAGAAGCUUUCUCAGGAAAAAGCUCUGAAUUUUGAACCUUAUGGAUUGUCGUUUACUUCAAGCAUGUCUUCAUCCGGCUUCACUGGCCGGCAAUCUCCUGCUGGUCUUUCUCUUGGUUCAGACAUGUCUGGUAAUAGUGCCGAGAUAGGACAGAAAGAGACCAAUUGUCUGAAACUUGAUGGUGUGAGGAAAUUAUGGGGGAAAGAAGGCUACCUCCCGAAAAAAGAGAACAAAACAGGAAAAGAAGAUAAAACACAACCUGUUCCUCAAGAUAGCAUAUUAAUGGCACAUGUAGUUGAUCCUCCUCUGAUGCAGUCUGAGCAACAGGUAGUCAGCCUUUCAGAGGAAGAAAAGGAGAAGCAGCAGCUAGCAUCAACAUUGUUUGUUGGGCUAGGGUCAAACAGCACUAUCAGUCUGAUGGGGAGAGCAGACAUCAUCACUCAGAAGUUAAAAAAAAAAUCAAAAAUAAGUGAAACCCAGAAUAGCGAAGAAGCAUCUAGCUUCCAAAAUAUUGCUACCUUGCCUUUCAGUCCCUUACCUGGUAUAACUCCUAACAAUAAGGAAAACUUUCAGGGCAGUGAACAUCUCGGAUUAAGGAAAGUCUCACUGAGUUCUUCAGAAGUUUUGGAAACUAGUGUAUCAUUUGAUACGUCUCAAUCCGUAACAGAAGCUGGACUGGAUGAGCAGCUUUCAAACUGUAGACUAUCGACAUCUUCUUUGUUUGCUGAUAGUAAUAUUGAAGUUUUUCAGCCUCCCCAAAAUGUUCCAGAUAUAGUUGCCAAUAAGGCCCCCUUGAGUCUUUGCUUACCAGAAGAACUAGCUGGUCACCCUCAUUCAGAAAUAGUAGAGCUUUGUAGCAGUGACAUCCUGACUGUGUACUGGUGUAAAGUUUGGACAGAUGACUGUUCACUGCUUGUCCUGUUUGUUGCCAACAACAGCACCUCACCACUCAAAACUGUGAACCUAGUGUUUGAAAGUGCAGAGCAUUUUAAGAUCUUUGAGAGUCUUAGCUGUCAUUUUCCUGUAAUAGAAGCUCAAAGCAUGGAAAGCUGCCAAAAGUGUGUGCAGUUGGAAAAAGUCUGUACAGAGGGCGUUCUCUCUGGCUCCAUUAGUUAUCAUCUAGAUACGGAUACUCAUCUUGAGUUUUCACUAACUUUCUCACUGUCAGAUUUCAUCAGACCAAUGAAAAUGACCACUGAAGACUUUGGGAGAUUGUGGCUGUCCUUUUCUAAUGAUGUGAAACAAAAUCUAAAAAUGUCACCUUCUCAGGGAUCUCUCUCAAUAGCUCUGAAUGCCCUGAAGCAGAAACUAAAGCUCCAUAUUGUUGAAAUUAUUGGUAACGAGGGAAUAGCGGCAUGCCGACUACUUCCAUCAGUCCCCUGUCUGCUGCAUUGUCGUACUCAUGCAAGGACACUGGCACUCUGGUUUAGAUCCUCUUGUUCUGCUCUUCCAGACAGUUUAUUGUAUCAGUGUCAAAAGGUGAUGGAGGAAUCUUAAUUGCAACAGUGCCUGCUUUUCUAACCUAUUGGUGUAAAAAUAAAUACAUACAAAAGACUUACAGGGUUACACAAAUGUUUACCAAAGCAAAAUGAGUUAAGACAAUACUCAA